AGUUGACAACAAAUACAUUUUUACGACAGAAGUGAGGUUUUUGUGACCAGAAAUCCAUGAGAGAAAUAAGUAUAAAUUUAAAUCCUUGAGUGGAGUGAGCUAAAUAAUUAUUUUAGUGUAUAGGUUUCGGGUGAAAUUAUGAAGAGGCGAAAUGCUGAGAUCGCUAAAAUGAGAAGACCCUUGAAAAAGAACAAAAUUACCGAAGGAUUUUACGGAAGCACACUUCUGUAUUUGAAAUUUGUAAUUCUAUGGGUCUUGGUAAUAUUGGCAGACUUCAUAUUGGAAUUCCGUUUUGAAUUCUUGUGGCCAUUCUACUUACUCCUACGUUCAGUUUACGACUCAUUCAAAUAUCAAGGCUUGGCCUUUUCGAUAUUCUUUGUAUGCAUAGCGUUAACUUCAGACAUGCUGUGCUAUUUUUUCAUACCAGUUCACUGGUUAUUCUUCGCGGCAAGUACUUACGUAUGGGUGCAGUACGUUUGGCACACAGACAAAGGUAUCUGCGCCCCCACGAUCAUCCUCUGGGUUUUGUUUGUAUAUCUGGAGGCAGCUGUCAGGUUAAGGGAUAUCAAACAUAUGCCAGGACAUUUGGACCUGUGCAGACCGUUUGCAGCACAUUGUAUAGGUUAUCCCGUGGUAACUUUGGGCUUCGGCUUCAAAUCUUAUGUAGGGUAUAGGAUGAGGCAGCGCAAACAACAAGUAGUGGCCAAAGAGAAUCAGUUUUAUAUGCAGCUGAUGCAACAGGCGUUGCCGAUAGAAACGUGCGCUGUUGCGCCAGAGCAGGUCGAACCUGUCUCAAAUGCCGUCGUACCUGUUCAGCCCGUGCUGAAUCAUAGUAAAAUACAAAACAGUAGGCAGUCCCAUGAGAAGAAUGGCCACAUUCCGAACGGGGCGAUAGCCAACGGCGUACAUAAUACAAAAUCACAUCACAGAAAAUCGGUGGAGAAAUGUAAAGAUCAAGAUCAACACGGGAACGAUCACAAUACGAAACAUUCGGAUCGACAUAUAGACCGACAGAAAGUGAACCACGCACACACAAAUGGUUCGGUGGUAAAUACGUCGAUGGAAGAAGGAAACGGACACGAGACAGAAAUGAAACCGGUGCGAAGGAGGGAAAAGAAAGAACAGGAUAAAGAACGAGAAGCUGCGGAGUAUUUGCAAAGGUUAGAGACCGACUGUAAGAAGUUGAGGUCCGAUUUGCAUUUAAGCAGAGCUAGCGAACAAGAUCUGAGGUUGCAGGUGGCGUCUUUGACGACUUCAGAAAAAGUGUCUAAAGGCGAGAUAUCUUUGUUGCAAAGGGAGGUAGAAGAAUUGCAGCAACGGUUGCAGAGCGCCCAAAGUACAAAAUCUUCCGAUAAACAAACAAUUAGUAAUUUAGAACGACGCUUGGCCGAAGAGAGACGGCUCAGAUCUAGUCUGGAAUCGCAACUCAACCAGGAAAGGAAGAACAGGAAACAAGAGGAAGCCAGAGCGGCGCAGGUGGCAGCUCAACAAUCGUCACGUGGUGAAUGCACUGAAUCGUGUAAAGCCCGUCGACGAGAAUUGGAAUCGGAGAUAGCGGAUCUUCGAGCUUCCAAACAUUGGCAGGAGGAUCGUUUGCAGGUGCUCGAAAGGGAAAGUAGCGCGUUGAGCGAACAAAUACGCGAUACCGAUUUAUUGAUGUCUGCGUUAUCGGCCAUGCAAGAAAAGAAUACCCACUUGGAGAAUUCACUUUCGGCGGAGAAUAGAAUCAAAUUGGAUCUGUUCAGCGCUUUGGGUGAAGCCAAGAGGCAGCUCGAAAUCAGAGAAAACGCUAACCGAGCACACGAGAAAGAAAUCGAAGAGCUGAAGAGUAAGAUAGCGCAAGUAUUGGCUGUGAUGCCUACAGAUACAUUCGGUUCGCCGACGUCGGCUACAAAUAUUUCCAGAGUCCGUUUAGCCGAAAGUCCUUUGUCGAACCUCGAUCCUAAUGCUACGGCCUACACGCCCAAAAAUUCCCUUGUCGCUUCUACGGAAGCCUAAUUAAUCUGUCCUCCGAUUCGGCGCACCCCCAAUUACCUUUUUUUUCGUUUUUUCACUUCACAGUAGAUGGCGUAUUUGUUUCUAACCUCGAAAAACAGAUUUUUCUAUUUAAUUUUGUGGAAUAUCCAUUUUUGUAUGCGAUUUGCGCCAUUUUUUUCUUCUUCUUGGAACUUUGGAUGAACGAAUUUUCGAAAUACGCCAUUUUCUGUAAACAAAUUCGUUUUUUAUGCCCAUCGGUUUGAAAAAUAAUUUGAUUGUAUACAAAACAUCGUAAACAAAUGUCAAAAAUUCGAUUGGAAAGAUUCUUUUAGCCAAUCCGGCGAACGCCGCACGGUAGAGACCCGGCUUAAGACAUUUAUUUUCAUCAUAAACUGUAAUAUAUUGUAAUGCCUUUAAUUCCUACGUUAAACGAUUGAUUCUUGGUUUUAAUUGUACAGUGUACGUCAAAAAUUCGAUUAGAAAGAUUUUUUUAGCUAAGAGACCCGGCUUAAGACAUUUAUUUUCAUCAUAAACUGUAAUAUAUUGUAAUGCCUUUAAUUCCCACAUUAAACGAUUGAUUCUUGGUUUUAAUAGUACAGUGUACGUCAAAAAUUCAAUAGAUUCCAUUCUUUUUACCUUUUCCGGCGAACGCCGUACGGUAGAGACCCGGCUUAAGACAUUUAUUUUUAUCGUAAACUGUAAUAUAUUGUAAUGCCUUUAAUUCCCACAUUAAACGAUUGAUUUUGGUUUUAAUAGUACAGUGUACGUCAAAAAUUCGAUAGAUUCUAUUCUUUUUACCUUUUCCGGCGAACGCCGUACGGUAGAGACCCGGCUUAAGACAUUUAUUUUCAUCAUAAACUGUAAUAUAUUGUAAUGCCUUUAAUUCCCACAUUAAACGAUUGAUUCUUGGUUUUAAUAGUACAGUGUACGUCAAAAAUUCAAUAGAUUCCAUUCUUUUUACCUUUUCCGGCGAACGCCGUACGGUAGAGACCCGGCUUAAGACAUUUAUUUUUAUCGUAAACUGUAAUAUAUUGUAAUGCCUUUAAUUCCCACAUUAAACGAUUGAUUCUUGGUUUUAAUAGUACAGUGUACGUCAAAAAUUCAAUAGAUUCCAUUCUUUUUACCUUUUCCGGCGAACGCCGUACGGUAGAGACCCGGCUUAAGACAUUUAUUUUUAUCGUAAACUGUAAUAUAUUGUAAUGCCUUUAAUUCCCACAUUAAACGAUUGAUUCUUGGUUUUAAUAGUACAGUGUACGUCAAAAAUUCAAUAGAUUCCAUUCUUUUUACCUUUUCCGGCGAACGCCGUACGGUAGAGACCCGGCUUAAGACAUUUAUUUUUAUCGUAAACUGUAAUAUAUUGUAAUGCCUUUAAUUCCCACAUUAAACGAUUGAUUCUUGGUUUUAAUAGUACAGUGUACGUCAAAAAUUCAAUAGAUUCCAUUCUUUUUACCUUUUCCGGCGAACGCCGUACGGUAGAGACCCGGCUUAAGACAUUUAUUUUUAUCGUAAACUGUAAUAUAUUGUAAUGCCUUUAAUUCCCACAUUAAACGAUUGAUUCUUGGUUUUAAUAGUACAGUGUACGUCAAAAAUUCGAUAGAUUCCAUUCUUUUUACCUUUUCCGGCGAACGCCGUACGGUAGAGACCCGGCUUAAGACAUUUAUUUUUAUCGUAAACUGUAAUAUAUUGUAAUGCCUUUAAUUCCCACAUUAAACGAUUGAUUCUUGGUUUUAAUAGUACAGUGUACGUCAAAAAUUCGAUAGAUUCCAUUCUUUUUACCUUUUCCGGCGAACGCCGUACGGUAGAGACCCGGCUUAAGACAUUUAUUUUCAUCAUAAACUGUAAUAUAUUGUAAUGCCUUUAAUUCCCACAUUAAACGAUUGAUUCUUGGUUUUAAUAGUACAGUGUACGUCAAAAAUUCAAUAGAUUCCAUUCUUUUUACCUUUUCCGGCGAACGCCGUACGGUAGAGACCCGGCUUAAGACAUUUAUUUUCAUCAUAAACUGUAAUAUAUUGUAAUGCCUUUAAUUCCCACAUUAAACGAUUGAUUCUUGGUUUUAAUAGUACAGUGUACGUCAAAAAUUCGAUAGAUUCCAUUCUUUUUACCUUUUCCGGCGAACGCCGUACGGUAGAGACCCGGCUUAAGACAUUUAUUUUUAUCGUAAACUGUAAUAUAUUGUAAUGCCUUUAAUUCCCACAUUAAACGAUUGAUUCUUGGUUUUAAUAGUACAGUGUACGUCAAAAAUUCGAUAGAUUCCAUUCUUUUUACCUUUUCCGGCGAACGCCGUACGGUAGAGACCCGGCUUAAGACAUUUAUUUUCAUCAUAAACUGUAAUAUAUUGUAAUGCCUUUAAUUCCCACAUUAAACGAUUGAUUCUUGGUUUUAAUAGUACAGUGUACGUCAAAAAUUCAAUAGAUUCCAUUCUUUUUACCUUUUCCGGCGAACGCCGUACGGUAGAGACCCGGCUUAAGACAUUUAUUUUUAUCGUAAACUGUAAUAUAUUGUAAUGCCUUUAAUUCCCACAUUAAACGAUUGAUUUUGGUUUUAAUAGUACAGUGUACGUCAAAAAUUCGAUAGAUUCUAUUCUUUUUACCUUUUCCGGCGAACGCCGUACGGUAGAGACCCGGCUUAAGACAUUUAUUUUUAUCGUAAACUGUAAUAUAUUGUAAUGCCUUUAAUUCCCACAUUAAACGAUUGAUUUUGGUUUUAAUAGUACAGUGUACGUCAAAAAUUCGAUAGAUUCUAUUCUUUUUACCUUUUCCGGCGAACGCCGUACGGUAGAGACCCGGCUUAAGACAUUUAUUUUCAUCAUAAACUGUAAUAUAUUGUAAUGCCUUUAAUUCCCACAUUAAACGAUUGAUUCUUGGUUUUAAUAGUACAGUGUACGUCAAAAAUUCGAUAGAUUCCAUUCUUUUUACCUUUUCCGGCGAACGCCGUACGGUAGAGACCCGGCUUAAGACAUUUAUUUUUAUCGUAAACUGUAAUAUAUUGUAAUGCCUUUAAUUCCCACAUUAAACGAUUGAUUUUGGUUUUAAUAGUACAGUGUACGUCAAAAAUUCGAUAGAUUCUAUUCUUUUUACCUUUUCCGGCGAACGCCGUACGGUAGAGACCCGGCUUAAGACAUUUAUUUUUAUCGUAAACUGUAAUAUAUUGUAAUGCCUUUAAUU